GUAAUGGGAUGUGUUAAAUCAGGAACAGAAUGAAGACUGCCUUCAUCCUUCACCGAGGUCUCUCAUUCGCUGUAUGGGUUAGGUUGCAGUGCCGAUCGCGUAGAGUGACUGACAUAUCGCAUAAAAACGGCUGCCCGUUUUCUAAUUAGUUCUCAAUUCACUCUAUUUCUGAUUUGGCCCUGGUAUUGAAGAUCGAACCUCGGACACUUAAUUGUACACUCUUAAUCUCUGCAGUAUAUAACGUGUGCAUACCAGCCAGAGUCAAAUAUCGUUUUCCCUCUCUCUUUUCAAUCAUCACUUUUUUCCAUUCUGAAACCUAUUCUCCAGUAACCAACGGCUCACUCAUUUCAAUUCAUCCAAUCUCUUUUGCAAACCUCACACCCUGACACCUCACCAUGGCAGCGACAGGAAUGAUCUCCAAUCAAAUACAUAUCCAUCCAAAUCAGCGAUUUGAACCCUCCAGCGAAGAAUUUCAAUGCGGCUACUAUGCCACCACUCCACCCACCGCAAAAAUGUCUCAUCCACGUUUAUCUAGUAAAUCAUUGCUGUCGCCUAUCUCACUCACCAACAGCGCCAAACCUAUGCAAGGACACCAAGCUCUUCCCCUCUCUCCACCCCAGACACCUAAACCGCCGUCAGGUACAAGCCCUAAACAAAUGACCGUGUCAGCUCAGCAUUUGAAGAACCAUGCUUUCCAUCCGCAGUUUGAUGCAAAGUAUGCCAUCGGCGAAGAACUUGGCAACGGUGGAUUCGGUUUUGUCGUCUCUGCCAUCCAAAAACACACCAGCCGUGAAGUUGCCGUAAAAUUUAUCUUUCGAGAUAAAGUGCCGGCUCACGCAUGGGCUAAUGACAAGGACCUGGGUAUGAUUCCCAUGGAAAUCUAUGUCCUGAAGAACGUCAGACAUCCAAGCAUAAUCGCUUUCUUGGACGCUUUCCAAGACACUAAAUUUUUUUACCUGGUCAUGGAGCUGCACGGCACACAAUGGUCGGCCACCAACCCCCUUUUGGUAUCACCCGAAGCUAGACUUUCAAAGCUGGCUGCUGCAACUGAGCAGCAGCAACUUCGAUCUGGUAUGGUCAUGACAGGACCUCCCACGCCUCCAGAAGAGCCGAUAUUCCCUCCUUUGGAUGAUGGCUCUCCACGACCCAAUUUAUUGGUCAGAAGAACAUCGUGUGAUCUAUUCGAGUGCAUCGAGCACCACUCGAAAUUUUCUGAAAAAUUGGCCAAGAAAAUCUUUCGUCAAAUCAUAGAGUGUGUCAGCUACCUGAGUGAUAUUGGGGUAUGUCAUCGCGAUAUCAAAGAUGAAAACAUUGUCAUCGACAAUAAUUAUGUGGUAAGCCUCGCAUGCUUUGCUGCUCAUGCCUAUCACAAGUAUGAAGCUAAAUUGCUAUAAUUCAAAAAGGUUAAACUGGUCGAUUUUGGAUCGGCGGUUAUCCUUCCUCGCUCCAAUGCCAUCAAACCUCACUACUUUGACAAGUUUUACGGCACCAUCUCCUUUGCCUCGCCUGAAAUAUUACUCUGUAAACCUUACUGCGCAGAACCAGCGGAAAUUUGGUCGCUAGGCAU